CCCACUCCAACUCUGGAUAUCCUCCACGGAGGCUCAGAGAAGGCACUAGAUUUAUCCUAAAGUACCUGAAUAACAUCUCUUCAUAAAGAAACCACCGCAGCUCCAGGGAGCCGGGGGAGUGUCACUGUCAGCUCUGGCAGAAGCCAGUAUGGCUAUUGCCCUGCAGCCCAGUGAUUUGGUGUUUGAGUUUGCAAGCAACGGGAUGGAUGACAUCCACCAGCUGGAAGACCCUUCAGUGUUCCCAGCUGUGAUUGUGGAGCAGGUCCCCUAUCCUGAAUUACUGCAUCUAUACUCGGGACUGGAUCUGGAUGAUGUCCACAGUGGCAUCAUAAGGGACAGGACCUUAUGCAUGACACAGGAUCAGAUCCUAGAAGGCGGUAUUUUGCUGGCAGAUGACAAUGAGUCCACCUCACAAAAUGUGUCAUCUACUGAAGUCCUAUUCAAUGUGGAAUCUCCCAAUGAAGUCCUGGAUGAGAAGCAGAUCUUCAGCACACCUGAAAUACUUCCAGACUCAGACUCUGUACAGGCCAUCAGUCUGCCCAACUUCCUGUUUUCUGCCACUGAGCCUGAAGACUCGAAGAAGACAAGCGAUACUGGUGACCAGAAGGAACAGUCUCUGGAGGAGAGGGUCUCCAGAGAGGAAAGUCCUAAGAAGAUCGGGAAGUCAAGGAAGAGAAGCCGAAAGACAAAGAACAACCGAAGUACCUCACCUGUCACUGACCCCAGCAUUCCCAUACGGAAGAAAUCCAAGGAUGGCAAAGGCAGUACCAUUUAUCUGUGGGAGUUCCUUCUGGCCCUUCUACAAGACAGAAACACCUGCCCCAAGUACAUCAAGUGGACCCAGCGAGAGAAAGGCAUCUUCAAGUUGGUGGAUUCUAAGGCUGUGUCCAAGCUGUGGGGCAAGCAGAAAAACAAGCCUGACAUGAACUAUGAGACCAUGGGGCGGGCUCUAAGAUAUUACUACCAAAGAGGAAUCCUGGCCAAAGUAGAAGGGCAGAGGCUGGUAUACCAGUUUAAGGAGAUGCCUAAAGACUUGGUGGUGAUUGAAGAUGAGGAGGAGAGCACUGAGACCCCUGAAGCCCCUCCCCAGGCUUCUACUUCUUCUCCACCCUCUACCAGCACCAUCCGGAGAGCCAGCUCCAGGGUCUUAACCAGAACCUCCCCCCAGGACAAGGAUAGCACUUCCUGGGAGCAGCCAAAGGUUCAACAUACUGGUCUCCAGCCAUCUGCAAGUCUGGAAUUAGGACUGUCUGUGGACGAGGAGGUCCCCACUACCUCCACCAUGCUUGUCUCUCCACUACAGAGCCAGGCCAAGCUCACCAAAACUGUGAGUACUUCUUCAGUGCCCAGUAACAUCCACCUAGGAGUAACCCCCGUGGGGCCGGGCUCCACUGUCACUCUACAGACCAUCCCGCUGACUACGGUGCUGACCAAUGGGCCUCCUGCCAGUACUACUGCUCCCACUCAACUCGUUCUCCAGAGUGUUCCACAGGUGUCAACAUUCAAGGAUACCUUCACUUUGCAGGCCUCCUUCCCCCUGAACACCAAUUUCCAAGAGAACCAGGUGGCAACCCAAGGGGCUCCAUUGAUCCUCAGUGGCCUCCCUCAACUUUUAGCUGGGGCUAAUCAUCCAAGCAACCCAGUACCAUCCCAGGUCAUAGGUGCUGGCUCAGCAGGGCCUAGUUCUCAGCCCCCUGGGACUGUCAUUGCUGCCUUUAUCAGGACUUCCGGUGGCACAUCAGUGCCUGGGGUAAAGGAGGGGCCCUUGAGGUCCCCCUCAUAUGUUCAGGGUGUGGUGACUGGGCCUCCCGUGGAGGGGCUGUUGGUUCCUGAAGAGACCCUGAGAGAGCUCCUGAGAGAUCAGGCUCAUCUUCAGCCACUUCAGAGUCCGGUGCUUUCAAGGGGUUCCCAUAACCUGAGCCUUGUGGGGAACCAGACUUUAUCUCCCCCCAGCCGCCCCACUGUUGGGCUAACCCCGGUGGCUGAACUUGAGCUCUCAUCAGGCUCAGGGUCCAUGCUUGUAGCUGAGCCUAGUGUGACCACAUCUGGGAGCCUGCUGACAACAUCUCCAACCCCCGCCCCUUUCUCCCCAUUCAAUCCCACUUCCCUCAUUAAGAUGGAGCCUCCUCAUGACAUAUAAAAAAGGGAUCAAAAGUAUGACCUACCAGGCAAAUUUAUGAAGCAUUUUCAUGUGGACUUAAGUAGGUAGAAUACCUGCCCUUACAUCUAGUGCGGUGUGAUACAUUUGAUACCAGGUUCUCCAGGCCUGUUUUGACAUCACCAUGAUCCAACUAUGCCCAGCUCAAGCAUCCCUUGACAUCAGGCCAUGGCCUUCAAGAGCACUAGGGAGUUGUUAUGCUCUUGGAAGGAUAAUGGGCUAACUUGCUGAUGGAGGGAGGGCUCCAAGCCAGGAAACACCUUUUGGCCAGAGCUGGUCAGAGGCCAUAUGAGAAGAGUCAAGCCUGGUCAUACUUUGUUAUCUGUAGUCCCUACACAGGGAACUUACCAUCCCAUAUGUGAAUAUCUUCGUGCGUAUUUGUGUGCACUUGUAGGUCUGUGCCUUCAUUUCUUUGAGGAGGAUGGGAUGUAGAUGUCAGGUCUUUUCUUCAAGUGUGUGUGUGUGUGUGUGUGUGUGUGUGUGUGUGUGUGUGUGUAUGUGUGUGUCCGUCCAUUCCUAGGUCAGCCACAGACAUGAGGCAGUUUUAAGAGAAAGUGCUCAUCCAUCCAUCUCUCUCUCUCUCUCUCUCUCUCUCUCUCUCUCUCUCUCAUAGCCACAAUGCCAUUCUGAGACUAGAAAGUACCAACUGAAUGUCCCCAGUCUGGAUAGAUGUCAUGGAGAUGGAACAAGUCUAGGUAGGAGAGCUUCAAUGGGUGCAUAUGCCAAGAAGACAUUGCUAAGGGACAAGAGGCCACAUACGCUGACAGCAUAGCAGGAGGGAAAAGAAGCACACCUAGCCUUGGGAGCAAUUGUUUGUCAUAGUCACCUUGCCAUCAGGCUGGAACCUGAAGUACUUUGCCCAAGGUUGUGGGGCAAAGCACUUACCUAUAGUCUGCCCCAAUUAUAAAGUCCCUAGGCAGGCCUGAAUGAACUGAACGUUUGUGGCCAGACCUUUGGCUGUGUGUGCGAUCAGCCCUAUGCUUGACAGUAGCCUUUUUUGGCGCAGCACUCCUCAUUCCCCGUCUCAGGUUCCCUCUUCAUUCUAUUUGAGAUGUUCCACCUGUCAUUAGUUGCUGAGGCUAGUGACAUGGCAACCCAGCUCCAGCUACACAGUGCUCUCUAUCCCACCCUCUCCCUCUCAGGUGGACCAUUGCUUUUCAUUUCUAGCUAUCAAACCUAACCCAAUUCUCUGUUCACCAAGAAGACAAGAGCUAGUACACAUGAGUUCCCAUAGCCCCUGUCGGAACAAUUCGACUCUGCUUCUUGUCUGUUCCUGCACAGGGUUCUGAUCUCUCUUAAAGUCAGCCUCUCCGCUGAGGGCCUCCUUCUCCCUUCCUUGGACCUGCUUGCCUCUCUCCUACCAGGUGUAGGGGCAAUGCUUAGAGAUGUCAGGCACAGAAGCAACUCUAGCCUCUGGUAAAUUUGGUUAAUGUGAACCAGUGCUCCAGGACCUUUGCUAUGUCCUUUGUGCCAAAGCACCCACUUGACCUAACUACCUCCCUAGCUGGUCAUCAUUCUCUCCUACUGUUCUAGCUCCUUCCCUGCGGCGGGGGGGGGGGCAUCUGUGGUUAUGCAGGUGUAUUUGCUACAUUCCUAGCAAUUGGCACUGAAAUAUCUGUGCUAAUAAAAUCAGCUUAUGAUGACACUCUCUCGAUGGUUGGAAAUAAGCAUCUUGAGAAAAGGUCACCCAUGUCGUUGCUGUUAUUGUUGCUGUCGUAUUUGGGUUUUAGUUUUUUGAGACAAUAUCUCAUAUAGCUUGUUGGCUUUGAACUUGCUAUGUAGGUGAAGAUGACCUUGAAAUUCUGGUUCUCUUCCUCCUCCACCUUGCGAGUGCUAGAAUUGCAGGUGUGUACCGCCAUGCCCAGUUUGUGUUGUUCUGUGGAUCAAACCCAGGACUUUGUGCAGACUAGACAAGCAUGCUCAUCAAUUGUGCUACACCCCCAGCUCAACCAGUUUUAGUGAGCACAAAGGCACACUGUGAGCUGAGAUCGUCCUACAGCAACCUGGAGUCUAAUAUCUGUAUACAAUUCCUAACUCCAAGGAAAUUAAUUAUCUUAAGGCCAUCAAUACUUUUCAUAGCACUUCUAUACCUAUUGUGCUUUCUGUUUCUGUGUGGGCUUCUCAUCAUCUCUUUAUAUGUGGGUGUUCUCCUGGGGUCCCACCAUUGUCAUGGGCCAGUUCUUUGAAAUGAAUUAUUCAAUCCAGAGCCUACUUUUCUAAGUCCCUGGCCCGCGUUCUAGUUAGCUGCUUCCUGACAUUCUAGACUGGAAUUCUCCGAGCUGCCCCAUGGCUACCUGCACUUGAACCUGUCCCUCUCCCUCAUCUCCUGACAUCUGGCCUAUCUUCAUUCUAGAGCCUCCAGCCCAGCUCAUGCUGCUCACCUACCCCCUUCCUGUCCAAUGUGACUUCUCAGCACUUCCCAUCUUGCAGGCCACUUAUUCUGUCCUUCUGCCAAAAGGCCUUCAAUGAGUUCUGGCCCACAGGUAGGGCCAGUAUUUAAAAUAUGCAUCCUCCAGGCUUUUCUAGAGGUCUAACAUUAACCCUUUAGUUCCUUAAAUAUGACAUGAUCCAGGGUGUCCUGCAGGAAUUGGGGAGCACUUGGAGAGCUGAGGGCAGUAAUUCUAGACAGAUCCAAAGUUUGGUAUCAGCUCCUCCAAGAAACAAAGCUCAAGUCGGUGGCCCUUCACUAUUGGGUCCUGUCUAAUACUCCCCACCCCACACCAAGGGACUACUCCAAAAGGAUUCCAUGGUCUUUGAACUUGUUACUGUCGUAAAUUCCCACCUAUGCUUUUUCUUUCCUGGGUUCUGUUCAACCAAAAUGUUCUUUCUCCUCACUAACAACUAAAAAUCGUCUCAAGAGUGAAUUCGGUGGAAGCAGCUUAAGUUUAAUUCUUUAACUUGUAACUGCCACUUGAUGGGCAGGCAAUGAUAAACAGCCUGUGACAUCUCUAUUGUAAUCACAAACUGUUACGUAGGCCUGAAGUUUAGAUCCAGACCUAUUUAGUCUCCUGUGUGUGUUAGCUCCUGAGGGAUAGGCAUCACUGUGGCACCCACAAAACUGGGCACACUAUAAAGCAGAUGAGUAUCAGGGACUAGUCACUGAUUGAUCUGAUGAAAGAUGGGUACCAAAUUUAGAGGUAGGUGACCCCUGUCCUCCCCUCUCCUCAGAUAGUUACCCCAGGUGCUUCACUGCCCUGGGCCUGCCAUUCCUGUCUCAGUACCUCUACAGUACACCCCAUCUCCUAUCUUAACACCCAAGAUUUGUAUUACUUUGAACAUCCUCUGAUCCUAAAGACACCUCCCUGUCUGGUUUCUUUCCUACUCAAAGUGUUAAACUAGCUUACCUGUUAACUAACCCUUGCUGACAAGAGUUAUGGCAGAGGCUGGAGGAGAACCUCAGGAGACAGAUUUACUUUAACCAGAGUCAGGUGGCAGUAAUACCCCUGCUUUUGUGAUGGCCUAAUGGAGUCAGGAGUCAAGUGAUGAUCCGCACCUCCCAGCGACUGAUAAGUGUUUCCCUCCUCCUGACUCCCACAGCACUUUGUAUAUACCUCUUAUUGUAGCACAAUGUAUGUAGUUCUUUAAUUGUGUUUAUGUACGUUUCCCCUCCAAUAGACUGUGAGCUCCUCCAGGACAGGGGCUGUGUGCUAGUCAGUGAUGUAUCCCCAGCACCUAACCACAGUGCCUGACACACAGUAGGUGCUCAA